AUGGGAAUCUGGAAUAACUAUGAAAAACACACUGAAAUAAUUGUGUUUGACUGGAACAAAAUUCUUGCAAAGUCCCCAAGGAUGAGAUUCUGUGCCAAAUCAAUGCUUCUAUCUGACUGGCUCUUUCUGGUCUAUGUGUUAAUGGUCUGCUGUAAAUUGUUGUCCGCCUCUAGCCACCAUCCCCGGGGGCACACAGGCCAGCACCAAGUCAAGCAAGGGACAUGUGAAGUUGUGGCAGUGCAUCGUUGCUGCAAUAAGAACCGGAUUGAAGAAAGAUCGCAAACAGUCAAGUGCUCCUGCUUCCCAGGGCAGGUGGCUGGUACGACAAGAGCUCAGCCCUCGUGCGUGGAAGCUUCCAUUGUCCUACAGAAGUGGUGGUGUCAUAUGAACCCCUGUUUGGAUGGAGAGGACUGUAAAGUACUACCAGACUAUUCAGGUUGGUCAUGCAGCAGUGGAAAUAAAGUCAAAACCACAAAG